AUGCACCUCCGAAUCGAAGACUUCUCCCUAGAGCCCACACCAUCCGUGACAUUCCGAUUCACCGUAACGCUCGAGAUGUCCAACAUCAACAAAACCAUGCAUGGUGGCUGUGCAAUCACCUUGGUUGACGAGCUGACCACCAUCCUAUUAGCUGCAAUGUCCAAACCGGGUCUCUAUUCACGGUAUGGGGUCAGUAAAGGCUUGAGAACGUCGUUCUUGCGACCAAUAGCUCGGGGCGCUGAAGUGAGGGCUGUUUGCGAGUUGACUUAUAUGGGGGAGAAACAGGCGUUCCUGCAGACAAGGAUGUUCGAAGUUGAUGGCGGGAGAUUAUGCCUUCUUGCGGAGCAUGAGAAGGUGAAUACGGAUUCGCAGGCUCAGGCUAAAUUGUGA